AUAGAAGUUACAAACUAAUCCGUUAUAAAAAAAGCUCGUGUCGUUAACGUGGAUUAACAUUUAUUGAUUUGCAGUUUCCAUACGUUGAAAAAAUGUUUUAUGUAAAAAUAAAGUUACAAAGGCAAUUGAUCCAUAAAAUUGUGUUAAUGUUAUGAUUACUAAUUUGAAUCGAUUUUAUCACUGUAAAAUCAAAUCUAUUUCUGAUAUAUACAUGUGUUAAAAAAUUUGUAGUAUGGACACAUAUAAAUCAUUUUUAAUAGAUUUUUUAGCUGGUGGGAUAUCUGCAGCCGUAUCAAAAACGGCAGUUGCACCAUUAGAAAGAGUAAAGUUAUUACUCCAAGUUCAACAUACUUCAAAACAAAUAAGACCAGAAGAUCGGUAUAAGGGCAUGAUCGAUGCAUUUAUACGCAUACCGAAAGAAACUGGUUUUCGUAGUUUUUGGAGAGGGAAUUUAGCUAAUGUAAUUCGAUAUUUCCCAACUCAAGCUUUAAAUUUCGCAUUUAAAGACAAAUUCAAAACUAUAUUCUUGGAAGGUGUUCCAAAAGAUGCGUUUUUGAAACAGUUUGCUGGAAACUUAGCUUCUGGUGGAGCUGCUGGAGCCACAUCUCUUUUAUUUGUGUAUCCACUUGAUUUUGCUCGUACAAGAUUAGCUGCAGAUAUUGGAAAGGGAGAUAAAAGAGAAUUUAAAGGUCUAGCUGAUUGUAUAGUAAAAAUUUUUAAGACAGAUGGCUUUAUUGGUUUGUAUCGAGGUUUUAAUGUGAGCGUUCAAGGAAUUAUUAUUUAUAGAGCUGCAUAUUUCGGUUUUUACGAUACCACAAAAAACAUGCUUCCUGAUCCAAAAAGCAUUCCUUUGCACGUUACCUUUUUAAUUGCUCAAAUAGUGACAACAAUGGCAGGUGUCAUAUCAUAUCCUUUUGAUACAGUUAGAAGACGUAUGAUGAUGCAAUCAGGACUUAGUAAAUCAGAAAUCAUGUAUAAAAAUUCAUUAGAUUGUUGGAUCAAAACAGCUAAGACUGAAGGUAUUGGAGCCUUCUUUAAGGGUUCAUUAUCAAAUAUUCUCAGAGGUACUGGUGGAGCAUUAGUUUUAACACUAUAUGAUACAAUUAAAGACUUCUUUGAAGAUACAUUGCGUGGUAAUGACUUAUCUAAAGUGUCCAAAUGAUAUCACAUUCAAAUGUUAAAUGAUCGUAAAUUAAUAACAAACAAAAUUGUAUUGAUUUCCUAUAAAUUGAGCUAUGAAAGAUAAUAAUCAUUAUUCCAUAUACUGAAAUUAUUUAUUUAUACAACAGUUCAUAAAUAU